CGGCCCCGGCUUCCGGCGACCUGCACCGCCAGGCACUGCCGAAUCGAGGGCCUGUUGGCAGUGAUCCGCGAUCCAGGGAGUAGGCGAUGCACCCAGGAGGAGGGGUAGAUAGCGCAAGGACAAAGGGAAACUCGCCGGCGACCGGACACCGAGGCCACGACAGGGACGCCCCAUCCCCUUCGUCGCCGUUCCCCUCACCCGAGGGAUCAUCUGAGAAGGAAGAGCAUGAAGAUGAGCAGCAGCAGCCCGAGGUGAGCCUCCCGGAGGACGCCCUCGUCGAGAUCCUGUCGCGGGUGCCCUACAGGUCGCUCCGCCGCUUCAAGUGCGUGUCAAAGGCGUGGCUUGCCCUCUGCUCCGCCCCAGACAUCCGCAGGAGGUCGCCGCAGACCCUGUCUGGCUUCUUCCACUUCACCACGGAUGGCCUCAAGUUCCACAAUUUGUCCGGGAGAGGCCCGCCUAUGGUCGACCCCUCUCUACCUUUCUUGCGUGAAAGGUACAAACUCGUCACGGUUGAACAAUGCUGCAGCAGCCUUCUCCUCUGCCAAUGCUGUUCAGAGGGACAGGAAUAUGAUUAUGUUGUGUGCAAUCCCGCGACUGAGAGAUGGGUUGUCUUGCCUCCGAUAGUAUUGCCGGAUGGUCGACUCUUCGAUUUUUACGAGGGUAACAUCUUCUUAGGUUUUGACACUGCCGCUGCAUCCCGCUUUGUGGUGUUUGCGCCGUUGGCUGAUUAUUGCUACGAAUUUCUGGAGGUAGCCAUAUAUUCAUCAGAAACUGGACGAUGGACUUCUGUGCAGAGUGACUGGGGUUUCGGAACUAUUCUUGUUGGUAAUCCGGAAUGUGUCUUCCUGAAUGGGGUUAUGCAUUUGACUACACGCUAUUCCGCAGUAGUCACAGUCGACAAUGAGCUGAAAGUUUGGAGGAAAAUUAGAAUGCCAGACACUACGGCAAGCAGCUAUGGUAAUGCUAUUGCUUCCAUUGGUCAUUCUCAGGGAUGCUUGCAUGCGUGGUGGAUAGAUAACCAUCAUGACUACCAACUCUAUGUUUGGGUUCUUGAGGAUUAUGACACUGGAAAGUGGACCCUACGGCACACCGUUAACGUUUUAGAACUAUUCGGAAGGCAUUGUCGCAAAGGUACUGAGUUCUAUAAGAUGUUUGCAAUUCAUCCAGAAUGUGAUUUGAUUUUCCUUACUGAUGGGGAGGAAAUGACAGUGUCAUAUGAUAUGGAUAAUCAGAAAGUAAAUGUUAUCAGCACUUCUAAAGAAUUCUUGUAUGGUCUACCUUAUACCCCCUGUUUUGUGGAAUGACUGUCAGAUGGUCACUACAAGUUGGGACAGCUUCACAAUCUUAGCAUGACAACAAGAAUCAGUGGUUGGUAUGGGACUUAUUCUUAUAGUUUUAUGGCACUGGCUU